AGAAGACGGAGGGGUAAGAGCUGCCUCCAUGAGGAGCUGCUUAAGUCUAAUGUCUCUCUCUCUUUCUUUGUACGAGGCUUGAACGACUUACAAAUUGAGCACUUAGCCGAUAAGUGUGACUCCCCGAGGCACUUCAAACAGGAGGAAUGUGGAUCCCCUGUAGGCAUCGGGCGAUGGCAAGCCGAGCACAGCUUGAAUCCUGGGGAGCCGGGCAUGAGCUCCGGCUCCGGUGCGGGAAAAGGUUCAGGCCUAUUUGGAGACUCUGCGGGAAGAGAGAGAAAAGCUGCUGGGAUUUAAAGUGAUUGGAGAGGGAAAAACCUGGGAAUAUCUGGUAGGUGCCCAGUGCUAUUAACCUGCAGAGACUUGCAGUGGGAGGUCUGUUGUGAAACAGACUCCUCUGUGGCCUUGGAGAAAGUGGACUUGUGUGUGUUUCUCCAUGACCAGGGAUUGCUAUGUUAGAUUCAUGUCUGCACACACAUACACUGGCCCUGCGAAAUCCUCUGCCUGGAUCAGGACAACAUGUUCUGCAGAAUCUAAACUUCCAUUCCAGUUCAUUUCUAGCCCUUGCGGCUUUCACAAAACUCCUCCCAAGGUGAACUGACCUAUAUCCCAGGCAGCGCCGUCUGCCUGAGUCUGCAGGCAUUUCUUGCCUUGUUUAAUUGUUCAAUUCUUUUUUCUCCCCUGGCAUCUCUGUCAAUGUAGUGCUGAGUCCUGCCUCCUCUGCUCUGGGUCUGGAUUAACAUAGACCUCUGAUAACACAGUGUCCCGCCCAUGUUAGUCAUAGAAACUUCCCAUUGAGAGAUAUUAGGGCUGGUGAGAACUAGGGUGAACAGAAGUCCUGAUUUUAUAGGGACAGUCCUGAUAUUUGGGACUUUGUCUUGUAUAGGCUUCUAUUAACCCCCACCCCCAUCCCGAUUUUUCACACUUGCGGUCUGGUCACCCUAGUGGGAACGUGUUAGAAAAUCCUCUCCCUGUUAACCACAGGGUAAAGUCAAGUGUCAGACACCUUAGAGUUUGCAAAGAAAUUGUGUCUCCUGCACAUUUUGCACUCCAUGAAAGGACCCUAGAUUCUAUGUCCCUGGCCUGCCAUUUUUUUUUAAUAGACCAGACACAAGAUGAGAGGCAGAAGAUUGUGUCUGAAUUUCAGCAACUGUGGCAGUUCCUGGAGGAACAAGAGCAACUCCUGCUGGCCCAGCUGGAGAAGCUGGACAGGAAGGUUGUAAAGAUACAGAAUGACAAUGCCAGUAAACUCUCUGAGGAGAUUUCCCGCCUCAGUGAGCUGAUCAGUGAGCUGGAGGGGAAGGGUCAGAAGCCAGCGAGUGAACUCCUGCAGGACUUCAGAAGCACCGUGAGCGGGUGUGAGGCGGGGAAGUUCCAGCAGCCCAUGGAGAUUUCUCUGGAGCUACAGAAGAGACUCAGUGAUUUCUCCCAAGAAAAUAUUGUUUUAAUGGAGACUUUGAGGAAAUUCAAAGACACUCUGCUAUCUGAACCAGAGACAGGAGCACACAGACAGGUGACGGUGACUCUGGAUCCAGACACGGCUCAUCCCCAGCUCGCCCUGUCUGAGGAUCGGAGACAUGUGAGAUGGGGACACGCCCGGCAGGAUCUGCCCGACAACCCUGAGCGAUUUGACACUGAGCUCUGUGUGCUGGGCUGUGAGGGAUUCACCCUGGGGAGACAUUGCUGGGGGGUGGAGGUGGGGGAUGGGGAAUGCUGGGCUGUGGGGGUGGCCAGAGAGUCUGUGAGGAGGAAGGGCUGGAUCGGUCAUAACCCUGAGGGGGGGAUCUGGGCUGUGCAGUGGUGGGGGUGUCAGUUCCAGGCUCUCACCUUCCCUGAGACCCCCCUGCCCCUGAGCCGGGUCCCCAGAAGGAUCCGGGUUUCUCUGGACUGUGAAUGGGGGCAGGUGGCAUUUUUUGAUGCUGAUAACGAGGCCCCGAUCUUCACUUUCCUGCCAGCCUCUUUCACCGGGCAGCGAAUCCGUCCCUGGUUCUGGGUCUGGACAGGAUCCUGGCUCAGACAGUGUUGCUGAGACAUGGGGGGGAUAUCGCCCUGGAGUCUCACACACCCUUGUCUUUGUGACAUUGGAAGUUUCCUGUUUCCUUCAGGCUUUCUGCCAUGCAGUGCCCACGACCCUGGCGGCCCUGCUAGGUGUCUGCCCUGCCAAAGUAUGGAAAACAGGGGGUGGCUUCUCUACCUCCGCCAAUCUCAUCCACCCAAGGCUUUUGCCGCCGUAUGUCACUGUCCUCUGGCACAGGAGGACUCUGGGAAUUCUGGCUCAGACAGUGCUACUGAGACAUGGUGGGAAUAGGCCAAUGGGCAUGAAAAAAUGGGUGUCUCUAAUCACAGUCAUCCUAGUCUGUGAUACUGGAGGCCUCUCAUCUACCUAGCCUCUGGCUCAUCUUCAUGACCUUGGAGGACACCUGUCUACCCAACCCCAAUAUCUAAUCUCUAUGACACUCCCCCUCCCUCCCUGCAGCCCCAGGGAUGGGAAGGGCUGGGGGGGGGUGAAUAACUCCUGGAGCUGCUGCAGGUGCAUAGGGUUCCUGAGGGGCAUGUGUGGGGCUGCAGGAU